GGCGGCUCGGGCGGUUCGGCUGCAGGGCGGCUCGGGCGACUCGACGGCUGGGCGGCUCGGCUGCUGGGCGGCUCGGCGGCUCGGCUGCUGGGCGGCUCGGCUGCUGGGCGGCUCGGCGGCUGGGGCGGCUCGGCUGCUGGGCGGCUCGGCAGCUGGGCGGCUCGGCUGCUGGGCGGCUCGGCUGCUGGGCGGCUCGGCUGCUGGGCUGCUCGGCGGCUGGGCGGCUCGGUUGCUGGGCGGCUCGGCGGCUCAGCGGCUGGGCUGCUCGGUUGCUGGGCGGCUCGGCGGGUGGGCUGCUCGUAG